AUGGCACGCGUUCAGCAGAUCAUCUUGUUCGGAGACCAAACCGACGACUUCUUGUCGCUCCGGCGUCUUCUCUCCCCCAAUCAAUCUCCUCCUCUCUUAGAAUCCUUCCUUAAUAAUGCCAUACGCGGGCUGCGAGCAGAGAUCGGCUCCCUGCCACUUCAGGACCGCCAGCAAUACCCCAAUUUUACCACGGUGGCCAGCAUCCUGGAUUGGAGGAGCCGUCAGCAGAAACCCUACCCAGCCAUUGAUAGCGCCCUGACUUGCAUAAACCAGCUGGCCCAGUUUAUCGAAGCUCAAAGCAUCACCAACACUUAUAUCAGCCCUUUAAAUACCAUCAUCGGCGGCCUGUGUCUUGGGUCUCUAUCCGCUGCGGCCGUGAGUAGUUGCCAGUCGAUCUCCCAGUUGCUUGAUCUGGGGACGCAGACCAUUCAGGUGGCCUUCCGGACAGGACUGCACGUCUCGCGAGUUGGACGGGCCAUUGAUCAAUCUUCCACGGAGCCAUGGUCUCUAGUGGUUGCCACACGAUCACCGGACGACAUUUUGCAUCGCAUUGAUCGAUUCACAGAAACCCAGCAUCUGCCUUCGCACACUCGGCCCUAUAUCAGUGCUUAUCUGUCACACGCUGUGACUAUCAGUGGGCCGCCUACCAGCCUAUCCAGCCUGCAAAAGUCCCCCGAGUUUGCUACCCUUUUCCCGCGGACUAUCCCCAUCUUUGCUCCCUAUCAUUCCGCUUUCCACUUCGCCUCGGCCGACUUUGAUGCUAUCCUGGAAGGCAUUUUCUCCACUGGAGAUACGAUACCCUCAAGCGAUAUUCCGUUCAUCUCUAGUACGAGUGGCCGGCCAGUCCAGGGCACGGGUGUGCGCUCCCGAUUCGAAUCGGCUCUGGCCCAGAUCCUCUUGGAGACCUUGCGUUGGCAGAGCCUUGUCAAUGGAAUGAUCGCGGCUCUCCCCGGACUUGAUACCCCUGAUGCCCCCCAGUUUCACGUCCAGUCUUUUGGAAGAACCGCCGGGCCUCGACUGGCUGAGGCGAUCGAAUCAGCCACCAGUUACACCCGGCAUCAACCUUCCCCUAGUCUUGGUCCGACACCAGUACGCUCGGGGCAAGCUGACUGGUCCAAGAUUGCUAUCAUUGGGUAUUCCGGUCGAUACCCUCAUGCCGAGUGCAACGAGGAGUUUUGGGAUCUGCUCAUCCGGGGGCUUGACGUGCACGAGGUCGUGCCGGCUUUGCACUGGGACGCACGAACCCAUGUCGCUAAGCCGGGACAGGCGAGGAAGAAUACGAGUGCCACACCGUUUGGAUGUUGGUUGCAGAAUCCGGCAGCGUUUGAUGCUCGCUUCUUCAAUCUAUCGCCACGUGAGGCGCCCCAAGUUGACCCGGCGCAGCGCAUCGCCCUGAUGACGGCGUACGAAGCCAUGGAGCGUGCGGGCAUGGUGCCCAACGCGACUACGUCCACGGCCAAGGACCGCGUUGGUGUUUGGUACGGUGUCACGUCUAACGACUGGAUGGAGACCAACACCGCGCAAAACAUUGACACCUACUUUAUUCCCGGCGGCAACCGCGCAUUUAUCCCGGGCCGCCUGAACUACUGCUUCAAGUUCAGUGGCCCUAGCUACGCGGUCGACACGGCGUGUUCGUCCAGUCUGGCGGCCAUCCAUCUCGCUUGCAAUGCGCUGUGGCGCGGCGAGGUUGACACGGCCAUCGCUGGCGGCACCAACAUUCUCACCAACCCCGACUUUACGGCCGGGCUGGACCGUGGUCACUUUCUGUCGCGGACGGGCAACUGCAAGACGUUUGAUGACAGCGCUGAUGGGUACUGCCGUGGCGAGGGUGUUGGUACCGUCAUCCUGAAACGCCUCGACGACGCCCUGGCCGACCGCGAUCCCAUCUGCGGCGUCAUCUUGAGCGCAGGCACCAACCACUCCGCAGAGGCCGAGUCCAUCACCCGUCCGCAUUCCGGUGCGCAGCAGGACCUCAUCCACAAUCUGCUUCGCACCGCCGGAGUGUCGCCUUACAGCAUCAGCUAUGCCGAGAUGCAUGGCACGGGAACACAAGCCGGGGAUGCAGGGGAGAUGAACUCGGUCUUGACGACUUUGGCUCCACCUUCUGUUCCCUAUCGUACUCAUGAUCAGCCGCUGUAUCUGGGUUCGGCCAAGGCCAAUAUUGGUCACGGAGAGGCCGCCUCGGGAGUAUCGAGUCUGAUCAAGGUCAUGCUGAUGAUGGAACACAAUGCCAUCGCUCCACACUGCGGCAUUAAAACCCGAAUCAAUCGCAAGUUCCCGACCGAUUUAGAGGAUCGCAAUGUCCACAUCGCCAAGACCCCCACACCAUGGACUUCGCAGCAUGGCGAGCCCCGUCGCGUACUGCUGAAUAACUUUAGUGCUGCCGGGGGUAAUACCGCGCUGUUAUUGGAAGACGCGCCGUCGAUUCCAGAGACUGAAGAGGCGGAAGAUCCCCGAACAUGCCACCUCCUGGCCGUCUCAGCCAAAUGUGCCUCGUCCCUUGAAGCGAAUGUCAACUCACUUCUGGGCUACAUAGAAGCCGCCGGAGAGGACCUCUCCUUACCGUGUCUCUCGUACACGACGACUGCCCGUCGCAUGCAUCAUCCCCAUCGCGUCAUUGUGCAGGGCUUCAAUGCCGCCGGUAUCCAGCAGCAGCUUAGAUCUGCACUGGCACGCGGCGACGGAGCCAAUCGACCUUCUGUAGCACCAAAGGUGGUUCUUGCAUUCACCGGACAAGGAACCCAAUUCGUGGGAAUGGCCCGCCAGCUGUGCGGCUCGCUACCGCCCUUCCGUGCCAGCCUGCAGCAGCUUGACCGCAUCGCCCAGUCACUGGGCUUUGACAGUUUCCUGCCAUUCAUUGAGGACGAUUCUGGCGCUGACCUCAAGCGGUUCUCGCCCAUGACUGCGCAGCUGGCUAGUGUUUGUCUCCAGAUUGCCUUAGCCCAGCUGUGGGCGUCACUGGGAAUUGUUCCUGAUGCCGUGGUCGGUCACAGCCUAGGCGAGUAUGCUGCCUUGAAUGUUGCGGGCGUUCUGUCGGACGCUGAUACAGUGUUCCUGGUGGGUAAGCGGGCACAGCUCCUCGAGGAACACUGCACCCUACAUACACACAGCAUGUUGGUGGUACGGGCUUCCGUGGAUACCAUCCAGUCGGCCCUGGUUGAUAUAGAAUAUGAAAUCGCGUGCAUCAAUGCGCCUGAGGAAACGGUUCUGGCAGGGCCUAACGAUCAGAUUGAGGCCCUCCAACAAGCCCUGUCGCAAUCAGGGGUACGAUCCAAGACAAUCCCCGUCUCGUACGCAUACCAUUCCUCCCAAGUGCAGCCCAUUUUGGACGAUCUGGUCCAAGCUGCUCAACCGAUCGUGUUCAACAGACCCUCCAUCCCGGUCUUAUCACCAUUGGUGGGAGAUGUCGUGCAGACAGAUGGAACCUUUGGACCGGAAUAUCUCCAGCGACACUGUCGGGAGACGGUAAACUUCUACCAGGCAAUGCAGUCUGCGCGGGUUGCCGGUGUUGUGACUGAUCGAACCCAGUUCGUCGAGAUCGGCCCUCAUGGAGUGGUCACGGGCCUGAUCAAGGCCUGCUCGAAGGCAUCUCAGGCACAUGCAGUGCCCACCCUGCAACGGGGCCGCGACGAUUGGCAAAGCCUGGGCGAGGCGAUGUCGAGCCUGUAUCGAGCUGGACUGGACAUUGCCUGGAACGAGUACCACCGACCCUUCCCGGCCGCGCAACGCGUGCUGCGGCUCCCCGCUUACAACUGGAAUCUGAAAAACUACUGGAUUCAGUACGUGAAUGACUGGUCCUUGCGUAAGGGUGACCCGCCACUCAUCCAGUCCGCUCGUCUGGGCGAGUCCACCACCGUCCACAGGGUUGUCGAAGAAACCAAAGAUUCUAUCGUGGUGGAAUGCGAUCUGUCCCGCGAGGACCUGGUUCCGAUUGUGAAAGGCCACAAUGUGGAUGGAAUUCCUCUCUGCACGCCGUCGGUAUAUGCGGAUAUUGCCCUGACGUUGGGCAACUAUCUACGCGACCGUCACCAAUGUGACGAUGCCGAAUCUGUAGUCGAAAUAGCAGAUAUGACCAUCCAUAAGGCCCUCGUUGCGAAGCCCAGUGAGACAAAGCUUUUACGCGCGUCAGUCGCCGUUGACUGGGAGGUUAACAGCGCCAUGUGUCGAUUCUUGUCCAUGGAUUCGAAGGGAGAGCCCACGAUCGAGCAUUCGCAUUGCACCAUUCUGCUCUCAAGUCCUAGUCGUCGUGCCGCACUUGAAGCAAAACGAACCGGCAUCCAGAAGCGGAUGCGUGAAAUGCGCGAUGGCCUAGAACCUGGCAUUACGCAGCGAUUUAACCGCGCUAUGGUGUAUAAGAUGAUUCGUCCCCUGGCGGAAUUCCACCGUGACUACCGGACGAUCGAGGAAGUGGUAAUUGAUAGCCAAUCUCUCGAGGCAUCCGGUAAAGUCUGCUUCUCUGAGGUGCAAGCCCCAGGAAAGUUCCAUACACAUCCCUCUUACCUCGAUGGCCUGGCUCAGUCUAGCGGGUUUGUCAUGAACUGCAAUGACGACGCUGACCUCGACACGGAAGUCUUCGUCAACCAUGGAUGGAAGGGCCUGCAAUUGUAUGAGCCGUUGCGACCGGAUGCACACUACACUACGUAUGUACAGAUGGUCGAGGGAGAGAGUCGCAUGUUUGAGGGUGAUAUGAUCGUCCUCGAUGGAGAUACGGUCGUCGCGUCCUUCAGGGGACUUGUGUCCCAAGGAGCUCCACGACAUGUCUUGCGAUAUGUGCUGUCUAUGGAAAGCGGCGACAAGGCUCUUAUAGCGUCUGCGAAACAGGCACUUUUAUCGGCCGCGAAACAGGCACCUAAGCCAGCAGCACCAACACCAGCUCCUGCUUCUAAGAGCCACGAUGAGAAGAAGUAUUUGCCGUCAGCGCCAAUACAGAUGCCGCAGUUGACAAAAAAUUCAUCGUCCUUGUUGGCGUCCGCUCUACAGAUUAUCUCAGAGGAGAGCGGCGUAGCACUCGCAGAGCUGGAAGAUGGUUGUGUCUUUGCGGAUAUGGGACUCGACUCUCUCCUUUCGCUCGUUAUCACGAGUCGAUUCCUUGAAGAGUUGCCUCUGGAUGUGCCUGUCGAAGGGUUCUUCAUUACCUAUCCGACUGUGGCUGACUUGCGAUCUUUCCUGAGCCAACAUGAAAGCAGCCAUACGGCACAGACACCUAUUCCCGAUGUGGUGAACCCUCUCGAUGCCAUGGCCAUCCCUCUUCCACAGGCCGUGGUAGCGUCGAGCUCUCCAAGCUGGACAGCCGCGCUGUCCAUUAUCUCCGAAGAAAGUGGAAUCAAUAUUUCCGAGCUGACGGACGAAUGUGUCUUUGCUGAUAUGGGAAUUGACUCGCUGCUGUCGCUGAUUAUCGUCAGCCGAUUCACCGAGGAGCUGGAGAUGGACAUUGCGCUCGAAUCCGUCUUUACUGACUAUCCGACGGUGGGCGAAAUUAAAGCCCUGUUCCUGUCAGACCAGCCCAGCAGCGAUGAGAGCACUCCGCCGCCGAGCUCAAUCGAAGACAACAAUGAGACCCCGUCCUCCGAGAUCUCGAACUUUUUCCCGUCAGAUGAUGACAGCAAGACAAAGUCGACACGCUCCCCCGUGCCACCAACCACCUCCGUCCUCUUGCAAGGAACACCCUCGAAGACAGAAAAGACCCUGUUCCUCUUCCCAGAUGGUGCAGGCUCCGCCACGUCGUACGCAGGGAUCCCUCGCGUAGACGCCAGCGUCUCGGUCGUAGGCCUCAACUCCCCAUACCACCGGCAGCCCCACCUAUUCGACUGCACCAUCGACGACCUGAUAAAGAGCUACAUAGCCGAGAUCCGUCGCCGCCAACCAAGCGGCCCCUACCACUUCGGCGGCUGGUCCGCAGGCGGGAUUCUGGCCUACCACGCCACGCAGAUUAUGAUGGAAGAGCUCCACGAAACAGUCGCCAGCCUAGUCCUCAUCGACAGCCCCGUACCGAAAGGGCUUGAUCGCCUCCCGCAGCAUUUCUACGACUACUGCAACAAGGUCCAUCUAUUCGGAGGCUCAGGCGACGGAAAGACAGCCCAGGCACCGGAGUGGCUGGUUCCCCAUUUCAACGCUACAAUCGACACCCUGCACGAGUACCAUGCAUCUCCACUACUACAGCUGGAUGGGUCCAUGCCACGCGUGUCGAUGAUCUGGGCUUGUGAGAGCGUUAUGGAUGGUGCGGAUAUUCCGCGCCCGCCAUCUUGUCCUGAGGAUACGGAGGGAAUGAAGUUCCUGACCGAAGCGAGAACUGACUUCUCGGGUAAUGGCUGGGAGAUGCUCUUCCCCGGUUGCUCGCUGCGGAUUGAGAGGGCGAAUGGUGCAAACCAUUUUACGAUGAUGAGGGGGAGUUUGGGCCAAAUCUUGCUUCUUUCAUUCGCGAGUCUCUUUGAUUUUUAA